AUGCAGCCUCCAUCCGGAAGCCACAACGAUGACGACUGUGUGCCAACGCAACUUUGUGCCCAGCUGGAGUUUGUUCAGAUCCUGGUCAUCGUGGUGGUGAUGAUGGUGAUGGUAGUGGUCAUCACGUGUGUGCUGAACCACUACAGACUGUCGGCUCGCUCCCUCAUCCAGAGACAUGGGCCGGAGCGGAGGAGGCACCAGCCACUGGCCAAUGAGGCCAGUCUGUGGUCUUCAGAGGGGACUAGUGUGGCUAUAAAUGAGGCACAGGUGUACAGUGCACGCCCCCCUCACAGGCUGCAGCCCUCCACAGUGCCGCCACGGUUCCAAUCUCCGUACGGGGCGAGCCGCUUCCAGCCGACGUACCCGUACCUACCCCGGGGCGUCAUCGAGCUGCCACCCACCAUCGCACUGUCGGACGGAGAGGAACCCCCACCGUACGCUGGUCCGUGCACGCUGCAGUUGCGCGACCCAGAGCAGCAGAGAGAGUUGAACAGAGAGUCAGUGAGAGCGCCCCCUAACAGGACUGUGUUCGACUCGCAGCUGCUCAGCCAAGGCAACUGCGCGCACAGUUUGCAGUUGCCGCCACCUAGCGUCCACUCCGGUAUGAGCGUGUUGGAAGCCCAGGAGUCCCGUCAGCACAAACAGUCUCGGGUCGACGGCGCCCCCCCCACCUACAGCGAGGUGAUUAUUGGACACUUCUACCACCCUCCCGAUCUACCACCCGGCCACAAUCGAACUCCUAACCGGACCAGCGCCAGAACUAGCAAGGACAAGCCUCACAAACCGCAAAACGUUUGA